AUGAGCCAAACUAUCAGCGAUCAAAAGAGUGAAAGCGAUGUCCAGGGUAAGGUGACAGAGUACAAUACUUUAGACGAGGCGGUUCUGCGCGCUCAAGGACAUGAGGCGGUCCUCAAGAGAUCCUUCUCACUCUUGUCAUCCAUUGGGUUUGCAUUUGAUAUAACUAACUCAUGGGUCGGUGUUCUGAGUAAUUUCGGACAGAAUUUACUGUAUGGAGGGCCACCGCUUGCUGUAUGGUCUGUCUUGAUCGCUUGUUUUGUCCAAUGGAUCAUCACCCUCGGCCUUUCUGAGCUGGCAUCUGCCUUUCCAUCCUCUGGAGGCCAGUACCAUUUCGUCUACAUUGUUGCACCCUCUAAAUCCAAGCGAUUCGGUGCUUUUGUUACCGGCUGGAUGUCCAUAUUGGGCUGGUGGUUUGGAACCUGUUCAGGUCUGUCUCUUGUAGCCAACUCGAUCCUCGGUCUGGCCAGUUUUUUGCACCCGCAAUUUAGCCCGACACAAUGGCAGACGUACCUCGUAUAUCUUGCGGUGUUGAUCAUCACAGUCAUUCCACUCUUUGCAUGUCCCAAAUGGCUGCCCAAGAUAAGCACUGGAGCGCUUUCGUUGACUAUCAUUGGCUUCCUGACCUGGUUUAUUACAAUCCUCGCCACCAGAGACCAUUCCAGUAGCGGCGACUACAUCACAAAGCCCGUCCAAGGCACUAGUGGUUGGAACCCAGGAGCUGCAUGGGUUCUCGGGAUUAUCAAUUCUAUGUAUGCUUUUACGGGAACUGAUGGAGCUAUUCAUAUUGCUGAGGAAAUGCAUCGACCAGGCGCAGCAUUGCCACGCAUCAUGAAUAUGACCAUGGUUAUUGGUCUUGUAACGGCGUUCCCGAUCAUCUUGGUGUUCAUGUUUUCCAUGAGCAAUAUGACUGAUGUCAUGAAUGCACGGUGGCCAGCAGUGGAGCUACUCUAUCAGGUUUCUCAGAGUAAAUCUAUAACAAUUGGGCUGACUAUCUUGUUGAUCGUUAUCUACGCAUCCAAUCUUCCUCCUCAAUGGAUCGCAUCAGGGAGACUUGCAUGGGCUUUCGCACGUGAUAAUGGAAUGCCCUAUUCUAAGUUUUUCUCCCACAUACACCCAGGAUUAGGCUUUCCGGUGCGAACAACACUGGCUUCCUGCGUUUUUGCAUCAAUUUAUGGUCUGAUCUAUCUUGCAAGCACAUCUGCUUUCAACUCGAUCAUUACCUCGGCGAUCUUAUUUUUGAAUAUCAGUUAUGCAAUUCCUCAGGCAAUAGUGGCUUUUCGUGGACGUUCUAAAACACUUCCAAACCGCGUGUUGAAGCUCGGAAGAAUCGGAUAUGUCUGCAACAUCUUUGCUCCUCUUUGGAUAAUUAUCAUGUGUGUUCUUGUGUGUUUCCCGCCUUCGUUGCCUACUACUGUCGGUUCUAUGAAUUACACAGCACCCAUCAUUGUCGGACUGUUUAUGGCCAUUAUUGUUUUCUGGUUUGUGAUUGGAAAACAAUUCGAGGGGCCAGCUAUUGAUUGGGAAUUACUUAGCGUAAGCAAUGCAACAUGA